UCUGAUCUUGUAAGCUUCAAUCAUAGUGACUCUGAGGACUGUCAACUUCUCCUAGGGCAGAUUACCCCCCAGUGCGCCAAACGCCAUAGCUCGCUCGUUAAGCUACGGAAUCAAGUGAUUCAACUUUCAGUGGAAAGCUGACGCUGCCAGCGACAACAUAUCCGAUUUUCAGAUCGUUUCACCGAUUGGAGUUUUGGAUAUAGCUAUUCGAAGGUCGCAAGUUUUCUGGGCGUCAUAACGAAGUGCUGCAGAAAUUUCCAAGGAGCCAUUGAAUCAUCUGCUUAUAGCCUUCUCUGACCAACAAGUGGUAUCAGAGCCUAUUAUCACGCAUUUGGGACCUAAAAUACGAUGGGAGAUAAGGAGGACUCUGGUGGAGGUGAUACUUCAGUCCAAGGAGGCAGCUCAACCCAAGAUUCUGGCAUUGCAGCGCAAAGGGGAGCGCGUACAAGCCAGGGGUCACUGCUUAAGGAGGUGCUGAAGAACUUCACCAUUGAGAAGUUCUCUGGAGAUGGCUAUGAUGAUUGGGCAUGGAAGAUGCAGCUCUACUUUCGACAAAUUGGCCUCUUGAAGCUCAUGAUUGGAAUGGAGCCAAGGCCAAAGGAAAUGGCAGAGCAAGCGGACUGGGAUGAACGUUCAUCUGCUGGGUAUUAUCUACUGUCACAAAGCUUGGAGCUGAACCAGAGGCAUCACAUCAUGCAUCUGCUACCGGAAAUUGAUUGUGGGCCCAAGGCAUGGGCAGUGCUCAAGGACCUGCACGCUCCAACAUCGGUUGCCGCUUCUCUCAUGCUGGAUCGGGAGCUGUCCAUGCUGCGGUUGAGCGAGAAUGAACCUGUGCAGCCCGUACUGGACAAGAUGAGGGAACUCUACGCGAAAUUGGCGAUUGCAGGCAUCACGUACCCAGAGCAGACAAACGCCUCCAAUCUCUGAAGUGCGCUCAGCAUCCGGACAUGUGUUGGUGCAUAUUCGUUUGCACGUCAUCCUGUCGUCUGUUCGCAUCAUUUC